AAAGAUCAAAACUCACGAGAAAACUAUUUUUUUACCUAAUACAACAAAAUCAAAUAAUAGUACAAGAGAAGAAUCAUCUGCAAUUAAUAUUGUAAUUGAAGAUAAAAGCUCUACUAUGUCUGCUAGAUCACGAUUUGAAAUUGACAAUACAACAAAAAAAUCUUCAAAAAAUAAAUUCAUGCUAACCAAUAAAUAUCAGAAUUUAAGUGUUAGUUUACUAUCUUCAAGAGAAUUUGAAGGAUUAUUGAAAGCAAAAUUACUAUUACAUGCAUUUUCAUCAGAUAGCGAAAAUGCUCAUAAUACUAGUAUUAAUACUCAAGCAGCUUCUAGUACAGUUCCUGAACCUAGUGCUCAAGCAGCUAAUAUUAGUAUUAAUACUCAAGCAGUUUCUGAUAUUAAUACUAUUAGUAUAUUAUAA